CAGUUGCCAGCUAAACAGGCACGGGACAGGUUGGAAUCAACAACCUCAUCGGUGGCCAGCCCGGAGCAAAUAUUCAUGUUUGCAGAGCUCUUCAAAACGGGGAUAAACCGAUAACAAAAGAUACACCCCUGAUAAACACAUCCACUCUGCGGGUUCAGUUGAAGAUUUAUUCCCUGUCCGAGUCAUACGCUCCGAGAAGCUACAACCGAUCGGUGACCACAAUGCGGAUGAGACUGCUGGUCAUUUGGAUUUCCCUAACUGCUCUCCUUCAAUGGAGCAGGGCGCAGGAGGACAAUAUUGAAGAGGUCAGCCUAAGCGGCGGUCUAGCAGGUGAAGACUCAGACAACAAAGAAGAUCAGUUACCGGGAGCGGAAGCCAGUGAAAAUAACACAGAGUCCCUAGGGCACAGCCAGUUAUUUUUGAACACAACACAAGGUCCAACUGAUGACCAUGAGCCAGAGGACGCUAGUAUGGGUACACAGGAAAUACCACAUAAUGGAAGUCAAGUAGGACAAGUAGGCCACCAGUCAGGAGAGGAUGAGAAGGCUCCGGAAGCUUCAAGUGCAGGCACUAAUCCUGAAACGGAUCACAAAUUAGAAGGGGACAAGGAAGAGCCAGAAAAGGGUUUCGGGAAUUCUGGUGGCUCUCCCAUAAUUGAAGUUCCUCAAACCGAUAAAGUUGAUUUAGAUCAUUCACCUACGGAUACUCCGGAAUCAUCUUCUGAAGUGACUGCCGAUACUCGCCCACCAACUUUGUCAGAGAGCGGAGUGGAAUCCCAAGCCACCAACAAAACUGAAGCUCCAUCACCCGAUUACCCGGCUGAUGGGCCCCAAGAGGACACCACACUUUCACCACCAGAUGAAACCACCUUGGCACCACUCAAGCCAACAGUUCCCGAACCAGAAAAAAAACCUCUGAGCUGCUUCUCCUGCAUGUUCUGCAACAAAACGAUCACCAAUGAAACCAAGUCCCUCUGCGGCCCGAUACCCGGAAAGAGGAAUGGAUGCCGCACCAUACUUCUCAUUGAUCCCAAUGUUGUUCCGGGGAAAAAGUAUUUCCUGCAUCGGGGCUGUGUAUCCGAACUAGAUAUGGAGCUCUCUCGUUAUUGUGUUGACAAUGAGAAGCUCUGCCCUACGUGCUACGAAGACAAUUGUAAUGUUCACAAUAUGACAGAAUAUGAGGUCACUCCUGGCUCUUCAGCAGUUACCCAUUAUCUGGAGGUUCCAUUCCUCAUCUGGAGCAUCUGUUUGAUUAGCUGGCAGGUGGCUUUUUAUCCACCCACGCUAUUCUGAGUCAAAAUAAUUAAAAAGUAAAUUGAGAUUGAGGUACUUAAAAAGCAGUUGGUAUGACUAAUAUUGAAUAUCGCAGAUUGGAUCGGUUGUCUGACUAGAUAAGUUUGUUUAUCUAUGAAAUACAUAACUCUAAUUACAAGGAAUUUUUCUGUAUGAAACAGUAUCUCUUUGC